AGUCACCAGCUAGAGCGCAGCUGAGACACUAGAGCUCCAGGCGCAAGGGCGGGAGCCACCGCCGCCCCUAUGGCGCCCGCCGCCCUCUGGGUCGCGCUGGUCGUCGAACUGCAGCUGUGGGCCGCCGGACACACGGUGCCCGCCCAGAUUGUCUUGACGCCCUACCAGCCAGAAUCUGGGAACGUGUGUCAGAGCUCACAGGAAUACUAUAACACAAAGGUUCAGAUGUGCUGUGCUAAAUGUCCACCUGGCCAGUAUGCAAAACACUUCUGCAACAAGACCUCAGACACCGUGUGUGCAGACUGCGAGGCAAGCAUGUACACCCAGGUCUGGAACCAGUUUCGCACAUGCCUGAGCUGCAGUUCUUCCUGUAGUGCUGACCAAGUGGAGAUCCAUGCCUGCACUAAACAACAGAACCGAGUGUGUGCUUGCAAAGCUGACAGUUACUGUGCCUUGAAAACCCAUUCUGGCAGCUGUCGACAGUGCAUGAAGCUGAACAAGUGUCCCCCUGGCUUCGGAGUGGUCAGCUCAAGAGCCUCAAAUGGAAAUGUGAAGUGUACUCCCUGUGCCCCAGGGACAUUCUCUGACACCACAUCAUCCACAGAUGUGUGCAGCCCCCACCGCAUCUGUAGCAUCCUUCUUUUUCCUGGAAAUGCAAGCUCAGACGCAGUCUGUGCGCCUGAGUCCCCAACUCUAAGCACCACCUCAAGGACACGCUAUAUAUCUCAGCCAGAGGCCACAAGAUCUCAGACCCUGGAUCAAGAGCCAAGGUCCAGCCAAACUUCAAGUAUCCUUGUGUCCUUGGGUUCAACCCCCGUGAUCGAACAAAGUACCAAGGAUGGCAUCUCUCUUCCAAUUGGUCUGAUCGUUGGAGUGACAGCUCUGAGUCUGCUGAUGUUAGGACUGGUGAACUGCUUCAUUCUGGUGCAGAGGAAAAAGAACCCCUCCUGCCUACAAAGAGAAGCCAAGGUGCCUCAUCUGCCUGAUGAGAAGUCCCAGGAUGCCAUAGGCCUGGAGCAGCAGCACCUGUUGACCACAGCACCCAGUUCCAGCAGCAGCUCCCUGGAGAGCUCAGCCAGCGCUGGGGACAGGAAGGCACCCCCUGGGGGCCAUCCCCAAGCAAGAGUCACAGCAGAGGCCCAAGGGUCUCAGGAGGCCUGUGCCGGCUCCAGGAGUUCAGAUUCUUCCCAUGGCAGCCACGGGACCCAUGUCAACGUCACCUGCAUCGUGAACGUCUGUAGUAGCUCUGACCACAGUUCUCGAUGCUCUUCCCAAGCCAGCACCAUGGUGGGAGACCCAGAUGCCAACCCAUCAGGAUCCCCAAAGGACGAGCAGGUCCCCUUCUCCCAGGAGGAGUGUCCUUCUCAGUCCCAGUGGGAGGCCACAGAGACACUGCAGAGCCAUGAGAAGCCCUUGCCCCUUGGUGUGCCCGAUGUAGGCAUGAAGCCCGGCCAACCAGGCUGGUAUGAUCAUAUUGCAGUCAAAGUGGCCUGACCCCUGACAGGGGUAACACCCUGCAAAGGGACCUCCUCAACCCUGAACCCAUGAGACUUCAUGACUUUUGCUGGGCUCAUUUCCCUUAGUGGUCACCACAGUCCCAGUUGCAGGUCAAGUGAGGGCUGAGGCAGCUAGAGUCCUCAAAAAUUGCCAUGGUGUUUUAUGGGGCAGUCCCAGGAAGUCCUUGCUCUUCUGUGACCCUCUGGAUCUCCUGGGCUCUAGCCUGAUUCUUGCUUCUGAGGGGCCCCAGAAUCUUUCCCUCCUAAAGAGUUAACAUCCUCUUCCAUAUGCUUGGAGAAAGAUAGCACAGUUCUUCAGCCUGAAUGCUGACACUGCAGGGCGGUCUCAGCAGGUAGGAGGAAGUGUGGCCAUGGACACCCUUUGGAUGAGUGCUACACUCUUAGGAAGAACUCUCUCCAAACCCACUGCAGUCCUUUUGAUGCAAGAAUCAGAGGCCCCAGCAGGCAGGAUUGAUCUGUUAUAGGGUGUUGGGGCUGUAGCUCAGUGAUCCUGUGUGCUUUUAGCAUGCCCUGAGUUUGAUCCUCAGCUACACAUACAAAACAGCAGACAGCACAGCCUGCCCCCGUGUGGUUUGCAUCCUCUGCCUUUGACUUUUACUCCUGUGGGCAUACAGAGGGCUGGAGCUCCUCCUCCUGGCCUUCUAAUGAGCCCUUCCAAGGCCACACCUUCAAUCUCAGGGACUGUAGAGUUCCCAGGCCCCUGCAGCCACCCAUCUCUUCCUACCUCAGCCUGGAGCACUCCCUCUAACUCCCCAACUGCUUGGUACUGUACUCGCUGUGACCCCAAGUGCAUGUCCGGGUUAUGCACUGUGAGUUAGAACAGCUGAUGGCAUCGGUUGAAGGGCCCACCCGGAAACAGCUGAAGCCAGCUAUUUUGCCAAAGGAUUCAUGCCCAUUUUCUAACCAACCUGCUUCCCUAGCAUGCCUGGAAGGAAAGGGUUCAGGAGACUCCUUAAGAGACAAGUUCAGUCUCAGGUGCUUGGAUGUCAUGUUCACAGAUUCCACUGGAUAUGAACUUGGUAGAGGAGACCAGUUGUCACCAUGAAGAUUUAAAAAGCUCAGCACUCUGGAAUCAAGAUAUUGGACACUUGGGACAGACUUGUUAGGUCUCUGCAGCAGUAGACUGGAGAGGUGAAGGAACACGUCUGCCCCCUGGUGGCCAGUCCUGGGAUGACCUCGGGCCUCCUAGGCAACAAAAGAAUGAGUUGGAAAGGACUGUUUCUGGGUGUGGCCUCAGCUCCUGUGCUUGUGUGGAUCCUUACUACAGAGUGUAGCAAGGAUCCUUUGCACUGUAUGCUGGACAGAAUUCCUGCUUAUAAAUGCUUUUUGUUGUUGUUGUUGUUGUUGUUGUUUUGCACACUGAGCCCUGGCUGGGUCUGGAGACUGGUUUGGGAUUUUUCUGUGGUCCUGUGGGCUGACCUCUUCUGUGUGAGGAAGAGAUGGUUAGUUGGAUCCACAAGGUAUAUGUAGUGAAAAGCUCUGGAGCCACCCCAUCCCACCUUUACAGCCACUUUUGCAGAGAACCUGGCUGUCUCUCACUUGUAGCCUGUAGAUGUCGAGGAAACACCCAGGCAUGUAGACGCCAGGUGUGCCCCUAUCUCCUGCUCUGAGUCUGGCCUCCUCAUUGUGUCGUGGGAAGGAGAAGAAUUCUGUCAUCUAGGAAGCCCACACCACCGGUCUGAACAAUGACUGUACCAGCUUAGACCAGUUCAGGGCUCUGUGAGCAGAGGACAGGGUCAGGGAACAGUUUGAUUGCUGACACAUUCCUAAAAGAUGAACAGUCCAGAAUCUCCCUCCUUCAAUUUGUAUGUGUCUGUGUGUGUUGGGGUGUGUGUGAGGGUCUAUGCAUUUUUGCAUAUUAUCUGUGUGCCUCUGUGUGUAUGGUGUGUAUGCGUAUGCAUGUUUGCAUGUAUGUGUGUGCCUGUGUGUGGAGACCAGAGGUUGGCUCUGAGUGUUUUUGAUCACUCUUCAUCUAAUGUAUGGAGGCAGACUCUUAUCUCUACCCAGAGCUUGCAUAUUUGCUAGUCUAGCUUGCUUUAGGGAUCCCCUGUCUGCCUCUGGAGUGCUCGAAUUACAGGCAGGCUCCCAUAUGUACCCCGAAUUUACAUGGAUACUAGAGAUUUCUGAUCCUCACAUUUGUGUACCCAGAGUUUUAUCCAUUAAGACAUCUCUCCACAAAAAAAAAAAACAAACAAAAAACAAACAAAAGACAUCUCUCCAAAGG